AAUUGAGGUUAUGUUGUUUUUUGUUUCCACCGAAUGACUGUGAUGUUUAUUUGGUUUAACAGUUCCAUUUAAUUAAUAAUUUAAAAUGAAUUACAAUUUCGGUGAAAUAGUGGAACCCCCAACGAGGGCUUUGAUCGACGAAAAUCUUCCCAUAACGAUAGACUUGGAAAUUCCCAAUAGUUUGGUGCUUCCGCCAAACAUAAACACUCUGCUCAUCGCAGACACCAGUUAUUUGAGUAAGCUAUUGAAAUUGUGCCUGGUCUCGGAGCCUAUGUUCUCAACGAAGAAAAACGAAUUGACUUUUUACAAGUUGAAUGAUCAUUACAUAGUUGUAUGUAAAUUAAUCGAAGGUGUCUCCAUUGGAAAGGCUACCGAGAUUUUGAUGCCAUGGAUCAAUCUCUCCGAGGUGGUGUACGCGAUGACGACGAGCCCUUUGGCCACGUACCAGAACAAGAGCGAUUCGAACAUGCUGAUGCUCUCGACUGAUGGAAACACCUGCUACCCAACGCUCCAAGUGCCGAAUCUGGUGACCGGCGUAACGGCUGGCGUCUUCUCUUACGCCAAGCACGUAGGUAAAUCCUGUUCGCUCUUCAUCGGUUACAUCGACAACACACCGUUGGAUUCCGUAAAUUCGAAACCGUUCGUGGAGCUGCUCCGGAAGAUCGAUCUGCCGCCGGUACGGGAAUGUGUGCUUCAGGACAGACUGCCCGAGCACAAUCUUUACAUGUAA